GUGUAAGUGUCAACGUGAUACAUCCGGCGGAAGUAAACAGUCAGGCGCUAGCAGCGUUAGCUGACGGCUUGUCUUCUGUUUCUAGUUGUUUGUGCGGAACCUUUCAUUGUCUGGUGGAAUAAUAUCUUCGUUUCACCAUCGGUGGGACUGCUGAAGAUCACCUGGAAGACCAUAAUCAAGUCAAACGCUCCUGGCUUUCCAGAGCAUCAUGUCGGUUAUUACGUGGGAGGUUGAUGCGGAUCGCAUUCUCAUCAACAAACAGAGGAGCCCCCUUCUAGACCAGGAGAUUCCAAAUGGUGUGGAAGUAAAAGAGGAACAGGAGGAACCAGAACCACAGCAGAUAAUCGACACAGAAGAACCAAAACAUCAAGUGAUUAAAGAAGAACAGAUUGAACUGUGCAUUUUUCAAGACGAAGGGCAGGUUUUGGUAAAGCAGGAGACCAACACCUCUAUGGUGAGUCCUGAUAAUGAGGAAAUAUUCCAGGAUGGACCUGAACAGCAGCAGAUGAUGGAGACAAAGGAGGAACCAGAACCAGUACAGCUCAAACAGGAACAGGAGGAGCUCUGCGGUAUUCAGGAUGGAGAACAGCCUCAUGUCUUUGAAUUUAGUGAUAAUUCUUUGAUACAGCAUAGUGACAUAAUAAUGAAUCAUACAGAUGAGAAACCUUUCUCAUGCCUGACUUGUGGCAGAGGUUUUAACAAACAGUAUAACCUGACUGUGCACAUGAGAACUCACACAGGUGAGAAGCCGUAUCCUUGUGAACUAUGUGAUAAAUCUUUCCGAAGGAGUAACGAUUUGGCCCGUCACAUCAGAACUCACACAGGUGAGACGCCAUAUUCUUGUCAGUUUUGUGGUAAGUCCUUCAAUGACAACAGUCAUUUGACUAUUCACCUGAGAACCCACACAGGUGAGAAACCCUACUCCUGUGACGUUUGUGGCAAAUCUUUGACAGACAGCAGUCAUUUGAUAAAACACAUGAGAACUCACGCAGCCGAAAAACCUUUUCCAUGCCUAGUUUGUGGAAAAGGCUUCACCGCACAAUCUGACCUAACUGUCCACAUGAGAACCCACACGGGUGAGAAGCCUUUCACUUGUGUGGUUUGUGGUAAAGGUUUCAUCCAGAAAACUACCCUGAGUUAUCAUAUGAGAACUCACACAGGAGAGAAGCCUUUUCCAUGUGACAUGUGUGAUAAAUCUUUCAUACAAAGCAGCGAUCUGGCUCGUCACCUUAGAACUCACACAGGUGAGAAGCCGUACUCUUGUGAAUUAUGCGAUAAAUCUUUCAGACAAAGUAGUGAUCUGGCUCGUCAUAUUAGAACUCACACAGGGGAGAAGCCAUUCUCAUGUGGGACCUGUGGAAAAGGAUUCACCAAGCAGAAUAAUUUGACUGUGCACAUGAGAAUUCACACAGGUGAGAAGCCUUAUUCCUGUGAAUUAUGUGGUGAAUCGUUCACUGUCAAAUUUAGUUUGACUAGACACAAAUGUAAAAAUAAUAACUAGGAAGAUCUCUGACAAUAAAGCUCUUUCUUUGUUAAACAAACUAGGGGUAAAGGUUAUUAAUCAAUGAUGGAAAUGUUUAAACGUCUCUAUAGUUGUUACACAGCGCCAUCUACUGGACACUAGCAAAAGUAAGGGCAGAGCUUCUAAAUGGCGAACUGUCAGGUCUUCAGAAACUUUGUUCUUUUUAUUUGUUUUCUUUUUACAAACAGUAAUUCUUAGUUUUGUCAUUUAAAACAGUGUUAAAUGUAACUUUCUGUUUCCAGAAGCUUCAAAACCCAGUUAUUUGCCCAUAUUACAUCAAUUCUUAUGUGCUUUCAUGGGCUUCUGAUCAAAGGAGAGAUGAUGUAUACUGUCAUCAGCUAAAUAAUCAGGAUGUUACUUUUGGGAUUUCCAUCUUAUUAUAUCCAGUAAAAACCCAGAUCUAACCAAAUGUAAAAAGUUUAGCAAAAUAAAUUCACUGUAACAUUUCUGUUAUUUGGCACACUAUUUCUACAUCUUAUUUCUGUAUUUAAAUGUUAAAUCUAUUUCUAAAUAUGUGUUUUAUCUAAAUAUUUUUUCUAAAUAUAUUUUAGACUUCGAAUUAGACUUAAGGCCGGUUUACACUACACUUUUUUAACUGAGCCGUGACCAGUCCGAGCUCGGUAACCGAGAUAACUCUUGUGUG